AUGCAGGCCAGCAGCCAUUCGAUUGCUGGUAAGGGUUUGAUGGAAGCUCUUUUGGAACAUAAGAUGAACACGGGACGUAUCGAGCCGAACUGUCAGAUAAUGAGCAAGCUGGCUACGCGAUGUGAAGUAACUAGCAGAGGGCCGCAGACGCCUCCGGGUUCUCCUCCAGAGAAGGCACACGGCCCAAAAACACCGCAGAGCACACCCCCGCUGACGGACCCAUUCUACGACGAGGACAGUGAAUCUCAGACUUCAGACGUCGGUGUGUCUGCGGGUGCUGUAAGUUCAUUGGAAGAAGAAGCAAACAGAGAAGAGCGCGAAGAGUCUCGCCGACGUCGGUCUCAUCGCCGUCGCCGACGCAGUCGGUCGAGGGGUUCCGUUACCGAAACACAGAAGGACUCUAAGGCACAGAAAACGUUGGAGGCAGUUGCUGCUUUGACCAAUAUAGAUGCUAAUCACUUGAAGCGUUGUCUGAACGUCGAGGCUUUUAAGACAUUACAAGGUAUCGACCCGGCGCUUCUCGUGGCCACGUUGAGCACGUUGCUGAGCAGCGUGGUGCAGAGUCUAAAGAAAAAAGAAACAACAACCGGUGUCACGGUUUCUUCGAAGCUGGACAAGGCAACAGGCGAGGAACAGGUGACCAGUACGAGUAUGAUCACUGCAAAGAAAGAUACGACUGCUUCUCAGGACGGGUCAUUCGUCGCUGAUGAGAUGGAGAUCGAGAGUUCGCACAAUAGCAACCCGACCGUGACCACGUCGAAAAGCCCGUGUGGCGAGUCGAACGUUUCUUUCGUCACUACAACUGCAACCGGGAAUCCAGUUAUCCGACCUCAGCCAGGUACUCCGUGCUCGGUUGAUUAUUCUCGAGAAGCGCGGGUGAGCGGAGGCGGUUUUCUGAAUCAUGCUUCAGCCUCUCCGUUCGCUGCCUUGAACGCCGUACCACCUAUGAACAUUGUGCCCCCGCCGCCAUUGCUUCCGGCUCUUCCGGUCAAUCCAUCGAUGAUGCCAAUAUUCGACGCGACGAAGCCUCCUCCUCCACCACCACCUCCACCGCCGCCCCCGCCUGCGAUGUUCGCCCCACCAGCACCCGGUAUGGAGCAAAUGCUUCCGUACCCGCAACAGUCAGUCGCUCCGCCGCUGCACUAUCUUUCUUCGGCACAUCCAGUGGAUAUGAACCAACUUUGUCCGCCGCAACCGCUCUUUCCGUUUUCACCUGGCUUCCAACAGUUAGGCAUGGGCCUGAAUCCGUCGGCUGCCGUUGGGUCGCACCCGAGACUCUUGCCGUCGGUGUCACUGCCUUCGUCGCAUUCCCGUCUACCGUCGUUGAUGUCCGUCCCUGGGUCGAACGUUCCGUCCGGCAGCGCUACCGACCAAACACCGGUUUCGGCCGAGCAGCUGCACGCGUUGGCAAACCUAUUCUCUCGAUUAGCCGAACAGUCUCAGAUUCCUGCUGUUAGCGCAGGCGUGCAGGCCGUCGACGUGACGACAGCGUCGGCCUCAGCGUCAAGAACCUCAGAACACCCGGAAGGGAACCAGUCGACGGUCAGCUGUGGCGAUGGACGCUUUCCUCAGGAAGAUCUUUUCGUUCCUAGUCAACGAGUACCCAGACCUUUGCGGGUUUAUGAAAGUUGCGAGUCAAUAAUCAAAGGUGCCACGUCGCCUGUACCCUCCGUCGAACCACUGGUCACCUCCGACUUGGCAGCCUUACAGCAGUCGGCAGAGAGCACACAAAGCAGACGAUAUGGCAGCAGCGGUGAUGGAACGAAUGCAGAAGUCGCGGCAGAAUCGUCAUUUAGUUUACCGGCAUUCAGAGAUGAUCGAAUCCACAGCAACAGGUCUCACCGAGUCCCACGUAACAACGGGGGACGUAGGAAUGCGGCUGAACGCCAGAACGUACGCUUCAGCGGUAGCAGCGGCGGACAGAAGAAUCGUCGCCAGCCCAGAGGUUGGUAA